UGGGAUAUUGAAAAUUGCCCAGUUCCUCCAUCCAAGUCAGCUGCAGAUAUUGUGUGCAAGAUAAGGGAAGAACUUUAUGGGGGACUUUCUGAAUUUGAAGUACUGGUUGCAUGUGAUGUAACUAAGUUAAAUAAUAAAACUGGUUUAGUGGAGGAACUUAAUGAUGCUCAGGUAACACUUUUACAUGUAAAUUCCAGAGAUAAGAAUGCGGCAGACAGUAAAUUAAAAAUGUGUCUGAGAAAUUUUGGAUUGUCUUGUAGAAAUAAAAAAUCUUGUAAAGGAUCUUGUUUAGUUCUGAUAUCUGGGGAUUCAGAUUUUACUUCUGAUUUGCAUUUUCUUAGGUACAAACUGGGUAUAAGUGUUGUGCUGAUACACAAUGAAAUGGCUAAAAAAACACUCUUGGACAUUCCUAAUAAGUGUCUAAAGUACUGCGACUUUGUGAAGGAUCUUCCAGAUAAACAGUUAAAGAAUGAAGAUCCUGUUUAUGUGUAUCUGAGAAACCUUCCUACUGAAAUUGGAAAUGAAAAGUUGAAAGCAGAGCUAUCAAAAUCAAUAAAAAGUACCAAUGGCAGACUGGUAACUUUCUCAGAAUCUGAAGCUUGUGUUCAGUUUUUUAAUGUUGCUUCAGCAGACAGACUUGUUAAACGUUUAAAUGGACAAAAAAUGUUUGGAAAUGUAGUUGAAGCUACAUUAGAGUCUUUGAAAACUGAUCUCAAAACAACUAUGGUGAAAAUAGACAAGGUGAAGUCAGAGAAAAAAGCUAAAGAAAGCAGUAAAGCACUAAAAGUAGGAACUCCAAAAAGCGAGAAUGUGAAACAAAAAGAGAUGGGAAAAAACAAAGUUAACUGUGAGGUGAAUAAUACCUUUGAAUCUACACUUGUUGUUGAGAGUGAUGAAAAGAUAUUUAAUUUUGAUAUUUUGAAGAGUUAUUUAAAACAUAAUCUAAAGCAAGAAAUUCUGUCAUUAGAUUCAGUGGAUACUCCAAACAAAAAAGGAAUUACCCUUUUCUGCAGAUUCAAAAGUAAGAGAAAAGCACAAAAAGCAGCAUCAAUUCUGAAUACAAUGCAUAAAGAAGGAUUAAGUGAUUUGGAAGUAAAAUGCAUUGUGAAGAAAGAGAAAGAAAACUCUUAUUUUUCUUCAAGUGAAAUUAAGACAAAGAUUACUGAUUUGUUUCAGUUUAUACUAAGAAAAAAAGAAGGCACCUUGGUGGCCCAUAACAAGAGAGUAAAGAAUUCCCAAAAAAAACACCAAGAAUUGAAGGCUCAUUUAAUUCGUGAACCACAGUCUGUAAGCUUCACUGAAUAUUCUAAAAGUGCUGAAGAAAUUCUUGCUGUUGAAGCAAAUGUAAAACAGUUGAAAGAGCAAGAGAAAGAGUUUUCUAGAUACAUUCAAAAUAUAUUAGAUGAAGUCAAUCACACUGAACUUUCUCCAGCUACAGAGAUUGACAAUUACAUAAACAAAUUGAAAAGAGAUAUUGGACAAGAAAUUCAUUGUCUCCAUGCAGGUUUGCCCAUCUAUGGUAGAAAAAGUGAAAUAUUAAAGACGAUCAGGGAUGAACAGGUUUGUAUACUUUUAGCAGAAACUGGUUCAGGUAAAAGUACUCAGGUUGUUCAGUAUUUGUGGCGAUCUGGUUUGUUUCCAAACAAGAAGAUUGUUUGUACACAACCAAGAAAAAUAGCAGCUAUAUCACUAGCAAAGCAUGUGAGUGGACAACUAGGUUUUGCACUAGGAAAUAUUGUGGGAUAUCAAGUUGGUACGAAUUCCAAAAAGAGUGCAGAUACAAGAAUCUUAUUUGUGACAGAUCACACACUUUUAAACAAUGCUAUUAAUGAUCAAGAUCUCUCAGAGUAUGGGUGCAUUAUCAUCGAUGAAGCUCAUGAAAGAAACAUAUUUAGUGAUAUUCUUCUUGGUGUUAUCAAGCGCUGUCUUCCACAUAGACAGGAUCUUAGAGUUGUCAUAACCUCUGCUACCAUUGACCCAGCUAUAUUUAAAAGAUACUUUGGUAUAGAAGACAAAGCUUUGCUGAAUAUACCGGGCAGAACUUUUCCUGUAGAAGUUGAGUGGAAAGACACAGACGUUAUUGAGGGCUGGGACUAUCUCACAGAAGCUGUGAACAAAGCCCUUCAGGUUCAUCUAAAAGAACCUUUACCAGGAGAUAUUCUCACAUUUCUAACAUCACCUGUUGAGACAGAAAAGGCAGUAAAUUUAUUCCAUGAACGAAUGGAAAGAGAAAGCAAAGGUCAAGAUGACUUUAUUUGUUUACAAGUUCAUGGAAAGCAAAAUAUUGAAGAACAACAAAAAGUCUUUAAGCCAGCACCAGAAAAAAAAAGAAAGAUAAUUUUUGCUACAAAUAGUGCUGAAACAUCUGUUACUAUUAAUGGUAUUAUCUAUGUAAUAGAUUCAGGAAUGGUUGAAGAGAUGCAGUAUUCACCUAAAACAAAUGCAAGUGCUCUUGUUAUAUGUUUUGUAUCAAAAAGUGCAGCUGAACAGCGGAAAGGUCGUGCGGGUAGAACACAACCUGGAAAAUGUUACCGUCUUUAUAGUAAAAAUAAUUUUGAAAACAUGAAUACCGGUGCUGUCCCUGAGAUAUUGAGAACAAAUUUGUGUCAAGCACUAUUAAAAAUCAUGGAAGUUAUUUCUGGCAAUCCUAUGCUGUUUGAGUUUGUGGAGUCCCCUCCACGAGCUAGCCUUGAGAAAGCUGUAAAUCUUCUGAAACAUCUUCAAGCUGUGGAAAAUGAUGAACUGACCUCUCUUGGUAAACGUAUGGCUAAAUUUCCUUUAGAUCCUUGUUUGUCUAAGCUGGUUGUUGAAGGAAUCAGUCAUAAAUUUUGCCUUGAUGCAAUUGCAGUAGCAUCUUUGGUAACAGUUUCUCAAAGUGUUUUUUUUCGGAUAGAAGAAAACAAAAAUGAAGCUGACCUGAAAAAAACUCAAUUCUGUCAAAGUGAUGGUGAUUUUUCAACUUUUCUCUCUGUGUAUAAAGAAUGGGUUGGUUUUCCAAAGAAACUAAGAUCCAGUUGGUGUGUUUCCAAUUGCAUUAAUAAUAAGGCAAUGAAUGUUGCUAAUGAAUUAGUAGAAGAGUGCAUUAGAAUUAUAAAAAUUGAAUUUAACAUAACUGUAGAAAAGAAGUUCUGCAGUGACGUGGAUUUUGUUGAAAAAUUACAAAGUCUUAUCCUUGAAAGUUUUUCCAGCAAUCUCUGUGUCUUUUCAGGCCACCCAAAGAUGGGUUAUUUUACAUUGUCUCAAGAACAGAUCCAUAUUCAUCCAUCUUCUUCCGUUCAUUAUCUGGACACUGAUUUGCCACAGUUUAUCAUUUAUGGUAAUCGCCUCAAAACAACAAGGGAUUUUGCAUUAAUCAUUUCUGUAGUUUCUGAAGAACUUAUCUCUAAACUGAUUCAACUGGGUAAACUCCAGGUUGAUCUUGAGUCAUUAAAAGCACUGGCUAUUCAACCAAAGAAGCUUGGACCAAUAGGGAGAACUCUUAUGCUAAGAGAAGUUCUUGGGAAGAAACAAGUAAAAAUGAACAUGUUUAAAGAGAAAGUGAAAAGUAUGACAAAAACAGACUUUAUACAUACAGAAUGUAAUUUAGAUAAAGGAAUUGUUUUAGUAUUUAUAACUAACCAGUUUCACACAGUUGUAGAAAAGCUAUUUUAUGAAAUGUUAAUGGAACCCAAGAGAAAACUUCGAGAAGAAGAUGAAGAAAUUUCAUUUGCUGACUUUUUGGACUCUUGUAGUGGUUCUUCAUCCAAAAUAAUAUUAGGCAGUGGUGCAGAGGUAAAAUGUUUAUUAAUGCCAAAUGAUUUUAGGACCAUUGUCAUCAGCAAAAAUUCUGAUGGUGUAAAAGAUGCAGAUAUUAUCGACCACAUAAAAAACCUUGAAAACUUGUGUUCAUACAAGUUAAUUAUAAAGGAUAAACAAAAAAUACAUGUAACAUUUAAUGACUCCAAAGAUGCUAGGAAAGCUCUUAAUACGCUAAAACAUUGCCCAGAUUUUUCUAUCACUCCAUUGGCUUUUCCUAACAAGUAUUCUCUUGGAAGCAAAUACAAAGUGGUACUUGAUGUAUUAUGGUGUAGAAGACUGUGUAAAGGCUUUGGAUUUGUAAACUUUCCCUCACCAGAUGAGUUCUCUCAAGCUUCUGGAGUUUUAUCUUAUGGUAGAAAACUGAUUGACAAUAUGGUGGUACAAAUAAAUGAAAAAAAAACAGACUCAUUUUACAUUACGAAAAUUUCAAAGUUAGCUACAAAAGAAAGUGUUCUUCAGUCUCUUCAAGGGACCUUUGGUAAAUUUAAUAUGGAGGUUAUCUUAAUUCGAAACUGUCCCUAUGUUUCCAAUAAAGAGGAAUGUAAACGUUUGGAAAAUGAGUUGAUUUCUAUUCUUUGUAAUUACACUUGUAAAGACAGUAUUAACAUACAUCUACUAGAGCCAAAGGAGAAGGAUAUGAUGUGGAAAGCUAAAAUAUUUUUUGAGAAUCCUGCAGAUGGGGAACAAGUUGCAAGGGGACUAGAGGGAAUAGCUAAAAUUGGACCAGAAGGAAUUCCAGUGUCACUUAGUUUACAAAUGACCUCUUUAAUCUUUUGUAGUAUUAAAGUUUAUGAAGCUGUUCAGUCAAUUAUUAAAGAGGAGAUUGCUGUUUUUAAAGAUAUUCUUGACAGUAAGGAUAGUAUUGGUAUUGAUAUCACAAAGAUAUUUGAAGAAAGGGUAAAAGUAGUCAUCAAAACAAAUAAUUUACGAGACCUGGACAGAGCCCAUAGUCUGUUCUCAAGAAUUCUACAAGGUGAUCAGAUUGAUUGUAGUGGAAAGCCCCUGUUAGAGAAACUUUUUCUUGCAUCAUCACAAAAAAUAAUAAAAGGUAUUGAGAGUAAUACGAACACGUAUAUUCACUUGGAUAACAGAUCAAAGACUAUUUCCAUCUUUGGAUCUGAAGGAGCUUGUACCAAAGCCAAAUGUGAACUGGAGAGAAAACUGGAUACAAUGGAGAUGUACGACUCUAAAGAGUUCAGACUAAUUGAGCAAAAUUGUCCAAAAGGUUUAUUAAGAGAACUUGUGAAAACCUAUGGUCACAACCUAAGUCACUUGAUUGGUAUUUGUGGUUUAGAGUCUGCAGAAAUCAUUUUCCAGAAGCGUUUAUUGCUUGUCGUUGGAACUUCUGAUGCUGUAAAAAAUGCUGGGUCAGAACUUGAACGCCUAAAAACAACUUUGCAUAAGAACCAGACACAACAACCUAGCACUGAUGAAGAAGAAGUGUGCCCUGUGUGCUUAGACACAGCAGAUCCAGAGACUGGUCAGAGACUAGAAUGCUGUGGACAUCUACACUGUGAAGAAUGUUUUCAGCUGCAGGUGGAAUCUAAGCAAAUUCCACUACUGUGCUCAGCAGAGGGUUGUGGAGAGCGUUUUGUUCUGGAAGACCUAAAGCAUAUUCUUAAAAAUCAUGACAAAUUGAGAAAAGAUGUUAUUGAGGCAGCCUUGAAGGAGCUUGUUCGGAGUAACAAUGAGAAAUAUCACUAUUGUCCUACCCCCGAUUGCCCUGUGGUUUAUUGUGUUUCACCAAACCAGUCAUUUAUUUGUGACGCUUGUGGAAAUGAGAUUUGUGCAAGUUGUCACGUAAUAAAUCACAGUGGGAUGACUUGUGAGUUGUAUAAAGCUAUCUCGAAAGAUGAAGAUUACUCCUUAAAGUUCUGGAUGAAAGAAAAACCCGAUGUCAGGAAAUUGUGUACACAAUGCAAAGCUCCUAUUGAAAAGAAUGGAGGUUGUAAUCACAUGACUUGCUGGAAAUGUCGAUCCCACCUCUGUUGGCGCUGUAUGAGGAUCUUCCCUACUGGAAAUGAUGUGUACCAACACCAACCUCACUGCUUAGCAAACGUAGCCCUGUAGCUACAAAGAGCUAAGAAGUUUUUUUUUUUUCGAAAAUAAAUUGACAACAUGUUAUGUUUUUCUUCUUUCAGGGUAGUUAGAAGCA